UGUGACGUCACGCCCCGCACGGAAGCGGAGGCGGCGGAGAUGGCGGCGCCGCGGGAGCCCGGCGGAGAGGCGCAGUUUGCCCGGCGGAUCGACCCCGCACGGGAACCGGGGCUCAGCGCCCAGCAGCGCCAGCAUAUGGCGCAAGUGGAGCGCGCCCAGCGGCAGCGCGCUCUGCAGCGGCGGCUCCGCAGCCGGAACUUGCUGCUGGCGCUCGGUAUUGGAGCGGUAACCCUUGGCAUCUACGGCUACACCUUCUACUCGGUGUCACAGGAAGGGUUCCUGGACGAGCUGGAGCAGGAGGCGGAGGCGGCGCGGGAGCGGGCCCGGGCGCGGGCGGAGAGCUCAGCGAGUUGGGCACGGAGAGCCCGGCCCAGCUCCUGUAAACCCCGCGAGUGAGCUGCAGCCCCCGGGUCUGGAGCAUGGAGCAGCUGCCCUCGCAGAGGUCUGGGCCUGCACAGCGCUCAGUGCGGCGCUGGAGCUGCCCUGCAGGCAGAGCUCCCUCCCCUGCAGUCGGCUGCCUUCCGGAGACCUCGCACGGCCGUUGGACUUGCCCCUGGUAAGGGCAGAGGCGCCCACCCCUUCCCACAAUAAAUGUCCUGUUGGAAGACUA